UUAAGUUUCCAAACUUUAACAUUCCUUUACUGUUUUCUUUGUCCCUAUUCUUACAGAACACGGAACAUCCACUAAGCGCAGAAAUAGUCUUGGAUUUCUGCCACCUCUAAUGACUGAGAUGAGGGUUGUUCUGCUGGGGAACAGCUGGUCUGAACAGAGUUCUGUGGGGAACCUCAUAUACAAGAAGACCAGUUUCAACCCCCAAGAAGAACCAGAGCGCUGUGUAUCACACAGCGAAUUUAUUGGAGACAAAAAAAUGGUUGUAAUCAACACACCAAAUGUUUUACAUCCUGACAUUCCUGAAAGCAAAGUUGGUGAGUUUGUAGAAGACUUUGCGAGACUCUCUGAUCCUGGACCUCACAUGUUCUUGCUGGUUCUCCAGCCUGAAAGCUUCACUGAGCAGCAACAGAAGAGGCUCCUAUCAGCCCUGCAGUUUUAUGGUGACCAGGUUUACAACCAUAUGCUGCUCUUAAUACCAGACAGAUCUGGUGGCAUAGACAAACUUCAGAAUCAUCCACAGUAUGGACAACUGAUGAGUAAAUGUAAACACAGGUUGAUGUUUCAUAAGAAGCUUCAACGUUCAGAGCUGUUUACAGUCAUGGACACAAUUAUGGAAAAAUGUGAUGGAGAUCAUGUGACCCGCGAGAUAUUUGUAGAUGCAAAGCCUGAGAUGCCCAGCUCCUCUGAAAACCUGAAAGAAGACAAGGGAGUCGGGAUCAACUUGGAUGCUGUUCGAGAAGCUGGAACCUUUCUCACCGUUUUAAACCUGGUUCUGUGUGGGAGACAAGGAGCAGGGAAAACAUCAGCAGCCAAGGCCAUUUCAGGUCGGAGAGACCUUCGUUCAGUCUCUAACUCACCAGUGUGCUUCCAGAAUCAAGGAGAGGUGUUUGGACGUCUGGUUUCCCUGGUGGAGCUGCCUGCCUUGGGUGGAAAACCUCCAGAGGAAGUGAUGGAGGAAUCAUUCAAGUGUGUCUCCCUCUGUGAACCUGAGGGCGUCCACGCCUUCGUCCUGGUCCUACCUGUGGGUCCACUCACCGAUGACGACAAGAGGGAACUGCAGACCGUCCAGAACACCUUCAGCUCUCGAGUCAAUGACUUCACCAUGAUUCUGUUCACCGUUGACUCAGAUCCCACCCAUCCAGAUUUUGUUAACUUUGUGGAAAAGAGCGAAGACAUCCAAGAGCUCCGUCAGAGCUGUGGAGGGAGAUCUCUCAUCUUCAACGUUAAGAGUAAUCAGCAGGUCCCAGAGCUGCUGGGUGCUGUUGAAAAGAUAAACCAACUCAAACACUUCUGCAGUUACUCAGCAGACACAUUUAUGAAGGUCCAAAGAGAAAGAGUCGUACAAGAAGAGAGAGACAACACUGCACUGAGAGCUGAAGUAAAGAAGCUGAAAGAAGCACAGAUGUAUGAUGAAGAGCAGCAGAUCUCAGACUCUCUCAGGAUUGUUCUGAUUGGGAAGACCGGCUGUGGAAAAAGCUCCUCAGGAAACACCAUUUUAGGAAGUAAAGCAUUUAAAGCUGAAUCAAAGCAAACUUCAGUCACCAAACGCUGUCAGAAAGAAGUGGGUGAAGUGGACGGUCGUGCUGUUGCUGUGGUCGACACUCCCGGUCUGUUUGACUCGACUCUGUUACAUGACCAGGUCAACGAGGAAAUGCUGAAGUGCAUCAGUCUUCUGUCUCCAGGACCCCACGUCUUCCUGGUGGUGGUGCAGAUCGGCAGAUUCACCCCCGAGGAGAAGGAGACACUCAAACUCCUCAGGGAAGGUUUUGGGAAGAAUUCAGAACAGUUCACCAUCAUCCUUUUUACAAGAGGUGACGAUUUAGAACAUGAAAACAAAUCUGUUGAAGAUUACAUCAGAGAGGGCGAUGACUCAUUUCAGAAGCUGAUCGAUGACUGUGGAGGAAGGUUCCACGUGUUCAAUAACACCGAUAAAAACAAUCGUGAUCAGGUCAGAGAUCUGAUAAGAAAGGCUGAUGACAUGUUGAAGAGAAACAGAGGAAACUGCUACACCAAUGAGAUGCUGCAAGAAGCUGAAGCAGCGAUAAAGAAGGAGAUGGAGAGAAUCCUGCAGGAGAAGGCAGAUGAAAUACGGAGAGAAAAGGAGGAACUCAAACAAAAACAUGAAGAAGAAAUGCAAGAAAUGAAAAGAAAAAUGGAAGAAGAGAGCAAAAAACUACAACAACAAACUGAGCUGAAACUCAAGGAAAUGAAGGAAAAUAUAAAUAAAGAGCAGGAAGAGAAAAAGAGGGAACAGGAAGAGAGGGAAGAGGAGAGGAGGAAAAGGGAACGUAGUGACGAAGAACAUCGCCAGAUUUUGAACAAACAGCUUGAAAUGUUGGACAAACAAAUUCAGUCAGAAAAAGAGGAAAAGAAAAGCGUUAGCAGAGAGUUGGAACAGACCCGGGAAAAGUGGAGAAAGGAUAAGGAGGAUUUUGAGAAAGAACGUAAAGAAUGGUGGGAAAAACAAAAGAAAGAAGAUGAAGAGAGAAAACAGAAGGAGCAGAAACGACUGGAAGAACUCGAGGAACAAUACAAGAAGGAAAAAGAAAUGUAUGAAAAGAAAAUGAAGGAGGAGGAAAACAGAAGAGAAAAUGAGGAAAAAGAAAAGAAACAAUUAGAAGAAAGACUAGAAAAUCUGCAGAAGAAGUUUGAAGACAAGGUCAGGAGAUUAGCUGAAGAGAAAAAUGAAUUCCAGGAAAAAUAUAAAAAGAAACUGGCAGGUCAGAAGGAAGCACACAAGAGGGAGGUGAAGGAAAGGGAUGAAAAGUAUGACCUCUUAAAGGCCCUCAAAGAAAUGACCGAAAAACAAAAGAGGGAAAACCAUCUAAGAGAAAUCAAUGAGUUGGUGAAGGCUGUUUCAAAGAAACACAAAAAUCUGACCGAAGUCAAGGAUUUACUGAUGAAACAUGAGAAGGAAAUGAAAGGAGUAAAGGAGGAGGAAAAAGAGAAGCUGCAGGAAACUCAUGAAAAUGAAAUGAGUGAAAUGAUUGAAAGGUUUCUUGAUGAGAUAAAGGAAAGUCAGAAAAAAUCCCAGUGCAGCAUUUUAUGAGGAGAGUUGGUAGAAAGAUCCCUGCAGGGGUCACAAAUAUUCAAGAAUCAUACUUGGUGACAACUUCAAAUAUGUCUAAAGUGAGAAAAUCAACCUAUGCUCCUCAGAAUGAAAAACAGAUAGACGAAGCAGAUUUUUAAUUUACCUAGA